AUAUCCGUCACGAGAAAUAAUGUCGUUUUUAUUACAUUUUUUGAUAAAUUAUUAUUCUAGUUUCGAUCCGGCGGCGACGGCCUUAUCGAUUUUCCUAUUAAACGCGCCACUGUAUAUUGUACAUUUUCGAAAGACCAACGUCUCAGUGUCUAAGCGCUUUCGAAAAACGUUUUAUAAUAAUUUUGUCGCUGCGAACGGACGUCAGUCGCGCAGUAAAUUAGUGAUAAUUCCGUUCAUUACAGUGUAAUUUAAAGUUGGAAUAUGGGUUAGCACCCCCUAAGGCUAAAUACGUGCUUGACAAGAUGUUACGGUUUGAUGUGUUUGCACAGUGUAACAAUAGUGAAAGAUCAUAUUUUGUUUUUCUAUUAGUUGUGUCUAGUGCAUUCUUUUUGUGAAAGUGUUCAGUAGAAUUUUCUUUUUUUUUGUGCUGGAUGCUGUUUGGUUUGUGUUUCGGAUGUGUGAAUGUGGAUUUACAUACGUUCCUAUCAUUCCUGUAAAAGGGGAACCACCGAAGGAUAUCAUUCCAAGAACCCUAGUAGAUAAAUUACUCGUAGUAUAAAUAACUUUAACCUAGAUAGUUGGGGAACGACCAAAUUUUCUACACUCAUACCAAAGUGCUAUUAGAUAGUAAGUGACAAUGGUGCCCCAGCAGUACUGCCUCAGGUGGAAGCAUCACCACUCGAACGUCCAGAGCAUGUUUGCUCAACUGCUGGAAAAAGAACGCUUCUGCGACGUGACGCUAUACUGCUCGCCGAGCUUCGCGACACAAGUGCCUAACAAAGACACGGUCGAACCGCAGAAUAUUCGUGGGGUGUCGCUCAGGGCACACAGGGUGGUGCUGGCAGCGUGCUCGGAACUGCUCGGCGCGUUGCUCGGGGCGCACGAGGCCCACGGCGAGCCGGUACUCGUUAUCGACGGCGCCGAGCCGAGGCACCUCCGUGCCCUGCUCGACUACAUGUACACCGGAGAGAUGAACGUACACCAUUCCCAAUUGGCGGGUCUGCUGAAGACUGCCGAGGAGCUAAGGAUAAAGGGUUUAACGGAUAUACGGUGGAACAACAAAGAUGAGCCUCCUGAUUGUUCUACAGGCGCAGUAACCACAACGCCCCACGAAAGAAGCCCCCCAGAAUACAAAACGAACGACACAAGACAGGAAAGCAAACAGACAGACAGAACCACGGACUCAAAGAGUACGCACGACGUCAAAACGUCCGACGUGAAAACGCACGACGUCAAAACGCCGAACGCAAAGAACGCGCACGACGUCAAAACCGCGAACGUUAAAACGCAAGAGAACAAAAUGCCGUGUGUCAAAAGUAUUCUAGAAGUGCAGAAUUCUGGAGCGAGCACUCCCGAGCGAGAGAUCCAGAAAGAGACAGAAGAUCGCGAGCCGAUCAUGGAAAAGUUUAAUGUGAAUGGAGGCCCCCCACCACUAAUAAAAUUACCCACCAAGGAUAAAUUGUCUAGUCCGAUAAAGAGGGAUAUAUCUGACAGAGAGAGUCCAAGCCCUAAACGGCAAAGGCUAGCGAGCGGGACGGACCACACCGACGACGAAAACAGCAGCCAUUUGAAAACAGAAAGAGAUCCAGAGUGGAGGCAUGGGAACUUGUUUGUGCACUCGCAGGACAUCACGGCGGAGCGGGUGGUCGGCUGGGGCGCGGGGGAGGAUGAGGCGAAUUGGGCGACGCGCGACCAGUCGGACGACGAGUGGGCGGACCCGCCGGCCGACAUCGGCUCCUUCCUGCGUACCAAACUGCGGGUGGACGGUGACAACAGUGCGGAUGAGGAGUCAGACGGCAGCGGUUGCGGUGCGGUCGCCCAAGCUUCCUCAUCGUCGUCCACGACGAGUACAGCGCAUAUCGACUAUAUCAAACCUGGAAAGCAUGGCGUGCUGGACCCAAGGUUCCUGGACGUGGUCAAGCUGAACGACUAUCUGCAGCACGGGAGGCGACCGCAGUUCUGGGAGGAGAACUACGUCAAAAGGGUGAUGGAGGCGGUCAGGGUCAAGGAGUUGGAGAUGAAGCAGGCUGCUGAGAUCCUGGGCGUCAGCUACGGGACCUUAUACGGCCGCUACAGAGACGUGUACGGCUGCAUCAACAGGCCUUACAGCGUUCACCCAAACAGAACAGCCCGCGAGUUCUGGCAGGCGAAAGGCCCCUCCGGCGUUUUGGAGAGGUUCCAACGUGGCGACCUGGGCAUCGAAGCGGCUGCCCUUGCGCUGGGGGUGAUGCCAGCUAACCUCGCAGCCUAUGUCGCCGAUGUGGCUGAUAAAGAUUACGAGGUGCCAAUGGACUUUGACCCCAAUACAAAGGCGCGGGGGCGACACUUCGUGCCGACCAACGCCUCGACCAACGCGUCCACCGGUGGGACCACGCCCAAACAACGGAAAGUGGACAAGGUGACUGGCAAGAAAGUUAUCGUGGGCAGUUUAACAGAUGAAGAUCCGAUACCGGCGAGUGUGAUCACCACCCAGGAGAAGGCACUAUCGUCACAACCCGCCUCUAGUGGCAAAUGGCCAACAAUACGGGUGGCAUCACUGGACACGCUGCGGGGUACGGAUCAGCCGCCGUCGCCGUCGGGUCCGCCCUCGCCCUCGCCGUCAUCCUCGCCGUCGCCGUCGCCCUCGCAGCUGAUGCGCACGCGCCCUGAUCUCACCAUCGUGGCCGCGAGGCAUUCGCGUGCCGACUCGUGACACUCCCAAUAGAUUGCAACGUCGCUGUAAUUUGAAAAGAAAUAAUGGCAGAGGCUGUUUGUAGCCUAUAGCCUUGAUAUGAAAUUUUAAACCUGAUCUUAAGACCAUUGGGCCCGCUGUUACCAUCACCGUCACCCUUGCUCUCAACCUCGAUUUCACCCUCGCCCUCGCCCUCGGCUUCAUCCUCGCCCUCGCCAGAGUUUAUUCUCGCUCUCGUCCUCGAGUUCAUCCUCGCACUCGCCCUCAACUUCAUCCUUGCCUUCGCCCCCGGCUUCAUCCUCUAACUCGUCCUUGACUUCACCCUCGCCCUCGCCCUCGGCUUUAUAUACGUCCUCAUCUUCAUCCUAGCAAUUCCUUUCAGCCACAUCCUCACCCUACACCCUUACUAACACCCUAGCAGCCGGCCCGAACUCUCCUUCGAAACCACUACGCCUUCGCGGACCGAUACGUGACACUUCCAAUAAUUUGUGACGUCACACACUCGUCCAGCCGACGACAACAAUAUUAAAAAAAAAACAGUUGGCUUUAGUGGUAGAAUAAGUCGCGUUACUUCUGUUUGCCGAAUUCGCAAAGAGCAAUAAAUAAUUCCGCACCGCCCUCUAGUGGGGUUACAAACCACCUUUAUAUUAUAACUGUAUAAUACAAAAAGCGGCAUCAAAAGUAGCCAGUACUUUAUCACGAAAAUGGAAUUAAUUUUAUGGUGGUUUUGAGACCACAACAAAAUUAACAUUAUUAUGUAACUUCCAGAAAUGAACAAAAAAAGACAUUAAAUUACUGUUAAUUUCAUUUUACACACAACUCUCUGAAAUAAAUUAACAUGGUAUUCCAAAUAUAGUGCUGUCCUUUAACGCGAAUAACGGUCAAAAUGAUGGUAUCAUAUUCAGACCUGUUAAUUUCGUGUAGCUCAGAGAUUUGUGUACAGCAGAAUCGUCAGCAGUAACGCUGUGAGCAAAUUUCAACUCAUCGCCACGCUGUUAAAGUUACUUUUUCAUUAACAGUAACUACUGUUGAGUAAAAUGAUCGCGCUCGCAUUACUCCAGAAUUGACAAAUUUUGAUAAGAAAAAAACAAAAUUAAUAGUAAAAUUUAAUUUUAAAAUAAAAAAAAGAAGAAAUUAGUUUCCCCAAAAGGAUUUCGUAACCAAUGUAAAUAUUUACGAUAUA